GGGUUGCACUGGGUGAUCUGCAGAGAUCACUCCCCACCCUGGCCAUGCUGUGAUCCUGUGAUCCUGUGCCCUAACGCUGCCUGUUUUUCAGAGGUGGCGUAUUCCCAGAGCACCGGCCAGAAGGAGCAGCUGAGCCGCUGCCUGCAGCGAGGGAUCAGGCGGGUCCAGGAUCUCUGUAAAGUGCUGCAGCUCCCGACGGUGUUCGAGGAGACGGCGGUGUCGUACUUCCAGAGAGCUCUGCGGCACCCGUCCUUCCGCCUGGUCAGCCUGGAGAAGAAGGAGCUCCUGGGGGGCUGCUGCGUCUUCGUGACCUGUCGGCAGCACAACUGGCCCCUGACCAUGGGGACGAUCUGCUCCCUCCUGUACGCGAAGCAGGAGCUGUUCGCCAGCGUCUACCUGAGCCUUCAGAAGGAGCUCGAGCUCUCAGUGCCGGCCCUGAGCCUGGCAGACCUGGUGAAGACGCACCUGAACAGUUUUCGGCUCUUCCAGCCCGCAGCCGACAUCCCUGGCACGUUUGUGGAGGACAAGGAGAAGAUGGUCGCCCGAACGCUGCAGGUGGUGGAGCUGGCCAGCGAGACGUGGCUGGAGGAGGACGGGGAGAAGCAGAGCGCUGCAGCCCCGGGGGAGUGCCCCCCUGGCUCUCCUCCGGCCGCAGGAGAGGCAGCGCAGGAGCAGAGCAAUCCCUCGGAGGGGAAACGCCAGCGUGAGGGUGGCCCGAGGCCCUUGCUGCCGCCCUGCGUCCUCAACCCCAGGAAGAGACUGCGGACGGCAGCGCCGAGCGCUUCGGACUCGGCCAUCACCGGUGACGAGCCCAUCUCCGACAGCGAAAUCGAGCAGUACCUGCGGAGCCCCGAGGAGAUCCGCGCCUUCAGGAAGGCCAAGGCCUGGCCCUGA